GCUGUCCAAUACAGUACCAGUUGUUAUAGGUGGCAGCACAGCGUCACGUGAAUUUUCAUGGCGCUACAGGGCUAGUCCCGAAUUGUCUUGUGAUUUCGCCAAAUUAUUUGCUGUUUCAAAAAAUUAUUAUAAAACAGCAUUAAUAUUUAAGUUACAGUACCGAUAAUGUCUGAGUACUGGCUUAUUAGCGCCCCGGGCGACAAGACCUGCCAGCAGACAUGGGACACCCUAAAUAAUGCCACUAAGUCUGGCAACCUCAGUGUCAACUACAAAUUCCCUAUCCCUGACCUUAAGGUGGGGACACUGGAUCAAUUAGUUGGCCUGUCCGAUGACCUUGGUAAGCUAGAUGGCUUCGUUGAAAGUGUCACCAGAAAAGUGGCGCAGUACCUCGGUGAGGUACUAGAAGAUCAACGUGAUAAACUCCACGAAAACCUGAUGGCAAACAACAGUGACCUGCCCACUUAUCUAACCCGUUUCCAAUGGGACAUGGCAAAGUAUCCAAUCAAGCAGAGCCUCCGUAAUAUCGCCGAUAUUAUUAGUAAACAGCUGGGUCAGAUCGACGCCGACCUCAAAGUGAAGUCCGCCGCUUACAACGCACUCAAGGGGAACCUACAGAACUUGGAGAAGAAACAGACCGGAAGCCUGCUCACCCGCAACUUAGCCGACCUGGUCAAGAAGGAGCACUUCAUACUGGACAGCGAGUACCUCACCACGUUGCUCGUUAUUGUGCCCAAGUCUAUGUUCAACGAAUGGAAUGCCAACUACGAGAAGAUAACUGACAUGAUUGUUCCACGCUCCACCCAGCUCAUUCACCAGGACAACGACUACGGGCUCUUCACUGUAUCACUGUUCAAGAAGGUGGCGGACGAGUUCAAGCUGCACGCGCGCGAACGCAAGUUCGUCGUACGCGAGUUCUCGUACAACGAGGCGGACCUCGUCGCCGGCAAGAACGAGAUCACCAAGCUGGUCACCGACAAGAAGAAGCAGUUUGGUCCGCUAGUGCGAUGGUUGAAGGUGAACUUCUCUGAGUGCUUCUGCGCCUGGAUACACGUCAAGGCGCUGCGUGUAUUCGUUGAAUCCGUUCUAAGAUACGGUCUGCCGGUGAACUUCCAAGCGGUGGUGAUGGUGCCGUCUCGCAAGAGCAUCAAGAAGCUGCGCGACGUGCUGCAGCAGCUGUACGCACACCUCGACCACUCCGCGCAGCAGCACGGCUCCAACGCACAGGACAGCGCGGAGCUGGCGGGUCUCGGGUUCGGUUCCUCGGAGUACUACCCAUAUGUGUUUUAUAAGAUCAACAUUGACAUGAUAGAGAAGAAUGCCUAAAUAUAGGCAACACGCCGUGCUAAUAUUAGGUUUAUUGCUACGAGGUUGCGCAGCGGACACCGUCUCGACCACCCAGUGUUUGGUCUAAAUACACUCGCAAUCAAUUGUACAAUUAUUUUAUUUCACAUAUCUGCUGACAUUACACAAAUGUUAAUUCUAUCGGUCCCCAUGUAAAAUAUACAUACACUUUUAUGUACAGAUAAUAUAGCUGUUAUAUUAUGACAUUAAAAAAAAAAUCAAGUUUUCUUUGUGUUUAUUAAAUUUGAUGCAGGUUGUUAAUAUUAGGAUUACAAUGUCCUAUUUUAUGUAUGUUAUUUAUUGAUAAGAUGCCAUUGAGAAUAGUUGUUGAAAUGCAAUAAUUUGGCGAAUCAAAGCUUGGACUUAAUUUUGUUAUGAACAAAACGGGUACGCAACAAUUUUGUUCAGUAUUAAAUGGUGUUGCGUCGCUGUAAUAGUUUAGUAUUAUAUCCGUAAAAAUCUGUAAUAUAAAUGUUCAACAAAUGAAAUAUAUUGGAGUUGAAAAAGCUAUGUAAAUAAUCACAUUCCUCAUUAUAAACUCGUGUAGUACAUAAUAAAAAUAUUAUUCAAGUUACUGUU